UGUCGGUGUUCGCGCGCGAGGUGGUGCGCGCCAUGAGCCCGCAAAGCGCGCUGAUGAUGCUGCGCAGUCGCUUGGCCUUGCACGCGGCCGCCAACGAAUCGGCAGCGUGCGAGCCCAGCGAGUUUCCCUGGGACCCACCGAACUUGGAGCUGGCCGCGAUGGAGCUCACCUUCGACAUGUGGCAGUACCAGGGCGGAGACUCGCACCUCAAGAAUAUCAACUACACGGCCGCUCAGAUUCUCUUCAUCACUGCUUGCCAUGUGAUGUGCAAGAGAGACUCCCAAGGAAGAAAAACAGCACCUGGUUGCAACGAUGCUAUGCGUAACUUUGAACCAUUUGCAAGAACGUUCCAGUGUGACAGUAAUGCUCCCAUGAACUUGGCCAGCAAGUGCAGUUUUUUUCAAGUGCAAAGCUGAACCCCCUUUUCAAUGUUAUGAACGCGGAGCACGGUGCGCACGCACAUACCCAUGUGUGAAAUUGACAAGUUGGAGCCCAGAAAUGUGACUGCUGCUAUUACACUGCAACUGCACUGUAAAGACUAUUCAGCGAAAACUUAUGUUCAAUAAGAUCAGUAAUAUAUAAAAUCAGCUAUACUUUUGUUC